AUGAAAUUCACCACCAUUACAGCUAUUGCCGUUGCUUUGACCACUGUCAAUGCUUUCUCUAUUAACCGCCGUGCGACCUCUACAUGUGGGGAAGACCUCGACGCUAUGGACAACCAAUUCGAUGUGUUGGAUAAGCUUUCAAGAUCCUGGACUCCAUCUAUUGGUGGAUAUCUAGGAGCUCUAAAAGCGCAACAAGAAGCUAGCAAGUUGCAAAGUAUUGUUGUUAGUGCUACAAAGUCAUGCCACUAUUCAAGCCCUCCUUCGGAAGAAGAGACUGAACAUGCUAUGCGUCAGCUAGAUGAUAUGAUUCCAAGAAUGGAAUCAUAUCUGGAUCAUAUUGCUGCGCAGAAAGCUCAAUAUGAUUCGGUGCUUCUCGUCAGCCCACUUGUCAAGAACAAUCUAAAAAGCAUGCACGCCAAGACAAAUGAACUCAAAAAGGUUGUCCUCAACUCUACGCCAGAAGCCCAUUACGAUAAGAUGGCAGGUUAUUUCAACCAGAUCGAUGACGCUUACGGUCGUGUAUAUGGCGUUUACGGCCACUAG